AGGCUACCCCAUAGUAGCAUAUCAGGGGGACUGCACAAAGCACGUACAAAUUCCAUUUUUCGUUAUCAGAGGCUCAGUGUUAUAUAUGUUUGGCUUGUGAAUUUUCAUGCUGCUAUAGCUAGUGCCCGAUUGUAGAUAAGAAACAUCUCAUUCUCCACCUGCUCUUCCGAUAUUUAAGUUUUAGGUGGUCGCCCCAGCAGAGCCCAUCCAGCAUCAGGCCAGGAGUGAUUGUGGAGGGUUUUGUUCGGUCAGUGAUGGAGCACUGAGCGGGCGGAGCAGGAUGAGUGGGGCUGCCCUGGGCAUCGAGAUCGUGGUAGUCUUCUUCCUGGCCCUGUUCCUGCUGCAGCGCUAUGGCGAUUUCCGCCGGCAGCAGAAGAUGGUGCUCUUCGGCACGCUGCUGGCCUGGUACCUGUGCUUCCUCAUCGUGUUCAUCCUGCCGCUGGACGUCAGCACGACCAUUUACAAGCAGUGCAGGAUCGAUCGGCAGGUGCACGAGGCUGCGGCCAUGUCCAAUCAGACGAUGCCAAACUCACACGCUCUGACAAAAAGUGUGCAAAAGGAGUGUUACAAGCCAUGGAGCUACAUUCCAGAUGGAAUAAUGCCCGUGUUUUGGAGAGUUGUGUAUUGGACGUCACAGUGUCUUACCUGGCUUCUCCUCCCCUUCAUGCAGUCGUACGCUCGCUCUGGGGGAUUCUCCAUCACGGGGAAGGUCAAAACAGCUCUCAUCGAAAAUGCCAUCUACUACGGCACCUACCUGCUGAUCUUUGGCUCUCUUCUCAUUUAUGUGGCUGUGCACCCAAAGUUGCAGCUGUCAUGGUACGAGCUGCAGACAAUAGGCAUCACGGCAGCCAACACCUGGGGGCUGUUCCUGCUGGUGCUGUUGCUAGGCUACGGGCUGGUGGAGAUCCCGCGGUCGUACUGGAACUCGGCCCGCCAGGGGUACCUGCUGGACAAGACUUACUUCAAGGCCGCUAAGCUGAUGACAGAGAAGGCUGACGCCGAGGAGAACCUGGAGGACACCAUGGAGGAAGUCAGAAAAAUUAGUGAGUCCAUCAAGUACAACCACCCUCUGAGGAAGUACAUUGACACAAUUCUGAGAAAGUGCCCCGUGGACUAUCAGGAGAAGAUGGGAAGGAAUAUGGAUGAUUAUGAGGACUAUGAUGACAGACGGAACAUUUAUCCCAGCGAAAAGAGCUUUGUGAAGCUCCAUAAACAGGUGAUCUAUGCAGUGCAGCGGCACAAUCGGACCCAGGUCCAGUGGAGGAACCUGCUGGAGCAGGCCUUCCAUUUGGAGGACGUGGCCAGGAACGAGACCAGCACCUCCGCCCGGUUCGUCCAUGGCUCCUCCCCCGAGCAGCGAGGGUGGAUGAGCAGAGUCUUCUACACCCCGACUGUGGAGUGGUACUGGGAGUGCCUUGUGAGGCAGUGGUUCUACCGGGCGCUGGCAGUGAUUCUGACCCUGUUCUCUGUGGCGGUGGUGUGGUCCGAAUGCACCUUCUUCAGCACCCAUCCUGUCCUCUCCCUUUUCGCCGUCUCCAUUCAGCUGGCAGAGCGGGACUACAACUACCUGUACAUAGAGAUGGCGUGCUUCAUCACGAUCUUCUUCCUGUGCACGUGUGUGUACUCCACUGUGUUCCGCAUCCGAGUCUUCAACUACUACUACCUGGCCCCGCACCAUCAGACCGAUGCCUACAGCCUGCAGUUCAGCGGCAUGUUGUUCUGCCGCCUGACCCCGCCUCUCUGCCUGAACUUCCUGGGCCUCAUCCACAUGGACUCCGCCAUUUCGCACAAAAGCAAGGAGCAGACGGCGUACACGUCGAUUAUGGGGUCAAUGAAGGUCCUGUCUUUCAUCGCUGAUGGCUUCUACAUCUACUAUCCCAUGCUCAUUCUCCUGCUGUGCAUUGCCACCUACUUCAGCCUGGGCACCCGCUGUCUCAACCUGUUAGGAUUCCAUCAGUUUGUGGGCGACAGCGAAAUGACUGCCGACCUCAUCGAUGAGGGCAAGGAGCUUAUCCGACGAGAGAGAAGAAAACUUCAGAGGGUGGAAGAUGGACAGAAUCGCAGAAGGGAGUGGCGAGAGCGCUAUGGGAAUCGAGAAGACUAUCCUGCACGAAACCGGAACACCUACUCAGAGCUGAAGGAGCCCAAUAGCUCUGAUGUAGGCAGCCCUAGCAGACAAGGCAAGUCUUCUCGACCCAGUGCCCGGCUUGACAGAGACCGAUUUGAGCUCCUUCACGAUGUCGAGCCACUUGAUUUCAAUGGAGACACGAUCCUCGAAGACCCCGUGGAGUCUGAAGGUGGAAGGCACACGGGGGCGCGGUACCUGGCCAUGACCUCCUCCCAGAGCCGAAUAUUUGACGAUGUCUGAGAAAGGGACCGGACGAGGAGAGGAGAGGGAGAGAGAAAAGAGUGGGUGUUUACGCUACCCUCAGCAAUCCUGCAGGGAGAGCAGUGAAAUAUCCAGCGUUAAUUCAACCCUUACAGAGUUCAUAUGAGCCGAAUCUGGUCACAGCAGACUCCUAAAUUCUGUAAGAGUUUACACUGGACAUUUUACUGUGAAGACAGCAGAAGAGUGGCACUCGCUGACCUGUGAAUGUAGCACCUUGCAUCUCUUGUACUUCACUGGCCUGCACUUUGGACUUGAUCUUAAACAUGAUUCCUAGGGGAGUGUAUCAGAAAUUCUGGUUCAGAUCCAAAAAAACGUCCUUUUGCUGUAGUUGCUUUGGAGGGAAUGUGCGGGUGAUUACUCUCCCCUCACCAACCCGGCAGGGAAGACUCUGACCAGAAGAGUAGCGCUUUCGGACCUGUGAAUGUAUGCACAUUACCUCUCUUGUACGUCAUUGGGAUGCACUUGAUUUGAACUUGAUCUUAAAGGAUAGGGCCGGCAUAAGUUUAUAUUUUUAUUUUUGUCAACAUGUCCUCUGAAACGACCAAAACGACCACAAUGCUCCUGUUCAUUCAUUCCUGUUCGUUCUUUCACCCUGUGCACAAAAACUUGACCAGAAAGCCAUUCGUUCUUUCACCCUGUGUGCUAAAAUCACGAUCAUAAGGUUGUUUCAGUAAAAAGCAUGAAUGCCAGGUUCAUCAUAAUGAAGUGAAAACCAUAAUGAAAAAACAUGCUUGUUUUUUUGUUCUUGUAUUAGUCGCGAGGGACUGUAUCUGUAUCUGAAGUAUUUAUUUUCAAGUUGAUUUUCUGUGGAAGUGAUGUGGAUAUAGUGUAGAUUCUUAAUCAAAUAUGAAUCUCUGUUAAAAAUAUAACAAUAUUACAACAUUUUUUUUUUGGUGUUUUAGUACUUUUAAGCAGAUUUUUCCAGACUCCGUUUGGCUUGGUGUGAUUAUUGGCAGUCACAAAGCACAAACCCCACACAAAGCGCAGUACCUCUGGGGGUUCUUCCCUAGUUUUCAUCACAAGCUGUUGCUUUGUUGUUGAUUCUCGGGUCCAGUUCUGCCCUGGCCUUCAGCACUGCUCAUUCCACCACAACAGGCCAUAAGCUGACCUUUUGACCUGUAGAAUCGCGUCUCUUCCUUUUUACCCUGCCCCUUCCUCCUUGUUUUGUUUUGGGUUGCGUACAUAACCUUUGCUUGUAUUAUCCUUAGUCAGUAAUUGACAGCGUUCACCUAACUUCACCCUGAAGAUGAAGGCAUGUGUCAUGUGACAUUACACAGUUCAGUGAGUCUUUCUUUCCGUCCUUUCAAGGAAAAUGUUUUAAAGCUGAAUAGAUUGUGGGUGACAUAUUUAUUGUUGUUCAUUUCUGCUGUCUGAACAGAUACUGAGAAGAUAUAUCUGAUGCCCAUCGCUGCAUCAGAAAUGUGAUGGGUGACAAGUAUUAUACUACACUUUAAUAUGUGACACUGAUUUCCAUUUAUUGAAACCUUAUUUGUUAAACUUGAAAAUGAAGGGUGAAAUUAAUGCAUUUUUCUGUUGACAGUGGCGUGGAAAUGAACUGACUAUGCACCAUCAAUUCACAGUGUAUUUUAGGUGCAUGUAUGUUCUGCAGAUCAUUAACCAAGAAUGCGAUUGUAACAUCCAUUAAUAUUUAAGAGAAUGGAAAACUACACAGUAAAAUGACUGUUAAACCAACUCUGCCAGUCUCAUGAGGACAAUGUCUUGUUUUGGAGUUAAAAGUAGUCCAUCACAAUUGAUUUUACACUGAUUUACCAUUUGAUGCAAAUAAUUUCCUUUUUCACUUCAAGUUGUGAGUUUAUGUUAAAAGAAUGCAGGUGUUGCCUUGCGACACAAAAGCAAGUGGUGGUCAGUUUAGUCUACAGAUAGGCAUAGCUUCAGCAGAACAAUCAUAAUAUUUUUCAAAGCCCUUCAGGAUUGCAAAGUGAGUUCCAGUGUUGAGUUCUAGAUUUUAUUAUGUUUUUUAAUUUGCCGUUGGCUCUUUGAACAGUGUACUUAUGGGUGUGGUGAGGGAUUGUUUGGCAACAAAAUGCAAUAGAAGUCCAUACAUUAAAUUAAAAACAUCUGUACAUCUAAUGAAGGCUGCCAAGAUGCCUGUUAACAUGUAUUUAUGAAAACAAUUAUUUGUUGUCUAGUCAUAGCAAAUCUACCAUUAUUGGCUGACUUAAAUGUUCAUGUAUUAUGUUUUAUCAGUUUUUUUUGUUUUUGACUGGAGAUCAUCCAAGAUGGUUCAACCCUUUAAAGGAAGAUGACAACAUUUUGCGAAAUUUAGAUUUAGAUUUAGAUUUAUUUUAAAAUUUUUGCAUUCAAUUUCCAUGUUAGCAUAACAUGUUAGCUUAGCAUAAAGACUUGAAGCCUCUCGGAGUCAGUUGGAAAAAAGGUAUAUUUCAAAAUGUUGGUGUUUUAAGUAUCACCUCUUUCCUUGACACAAGCUUGAAAAUUACAUACCCAAAAUAAAAUGGUUACUAUUCCUGAA